CGCGCGCGCGCACACGCACAGGAGGUGGGAGUGGAUGCUCGUGUAGCUGCUGGAAGCCAGGAUGGGAUAAUCAUGCGUGUCUGGCUCCGGGCGUUGAUGCAGCUGCUGUUGCGGGAUCCGGACUGGACUUGGGGCGCAGGGUGGGUCUAGUUCCCGAUCUGGACCUCAUGUCGAUGUUAUCAAGCAAUCCGAGAUAGGCGAGGGCGAUGGCCGAGAGAGGAGCUGGUGUAUUUUUUUGAGAGCGCGAGAAAUCGACCGUUUUUGCCGAUGGAGGAAAGAAUUCGCCGGUUUUAAAGCGCAGCCCCGGUUUGGAAUAACUUGAGGACACCGAGGAGACCAAGAUAGGAUAUCGAGGGAGCCCUUCACUUGUUUUCCUUAUGUUUCUUUUUUAAUCUGGGCACGAGAUAGAAGCUCGCCGGGGAGAACGGAUCACUUUUGCAUCGGUAAUUAGGAUAAGACUGCCUCCGUGGAGCUGUAGCGGCAGUCGCAUCCGACCGACAAGGCAGAGGUGGGGGGGGGAAGGAUACUUGGAUGGAGAGGGCGCAGUGAAGGCUUAGAGAGCGGCUCGCCGUGUGUAGGAGGGGGACGGAGGGGAGACCGGGCAGUUUGAAGGGACGGGGAGCCAGGAGCGGCGCGGCGGCUCCAUGAGCGGCUCCUGCCGGGACAGAGCGCCCAGAGCCCAGCCGGAGCGUCUCCACCGCGGGUAGAAGCCCGGGCUGAAGGACGGCGGCCAGUUUGGAAGUUUUGAUGCAUAUGAUCACAACCACCAUGAUUUUUAUGAUUCUUGGUGCUUCAGUUGUUAUGGCGAUAGCCUGUUUAAUGGACAUGAACGCACUACUGGAUCGCUUUCACAACUACAUCUUACCGCAUCUACGAGGGGAGGACCGCGUCUGUCACUGCAACUGUGGAAGGCAUCAUGUCCACUAUGUAAUCCCAUAUGACGGGGACCAUUCCUUGGUGGACUCAUCAGAGAACUACUUUGUGAGUGACAGUGUGACCAAGCAGGAGAUGGACUUGAUGCUGGGGCUGCUGCUGGGCUUCUGCAUCAGCUGGCUGCUGCUGUGGCUGGACGGGGUCCUACACUGUGCCGUCAGGGCCUGGAGGGCGAGCCGGUACUACGAUACCCCGUCCUGGUCAUGGCUGCCACAGUUUUGCAACCUUCGAGACCUCCGUCGCCGGGCCCAGCUCAGACAGCUGGAAGACUCCAGCGGCAACAUGGUCCACAUCAAGCAGAAGCUCUACCACAACGGCCACCCCAGUCCCCGCCACCUCUGACUCUAAAACGACAAAAAUUACUACAACAAAAAACAAGACUUCCCUUCCCUAAGACUCCUGUUAUCUUCUCCAAAACCCCUGAAUCCCUCUUUCCAAACUGCCCCAUGGCCAAAUGUUGCCUCAGAGACCCUGGAAAACUGCCCUCCAACUGUUCAUGACAUGGCCCCCUAAAACCCUGACGACAGGACUUUCUUAUGACUAAACCAGGCCCCUGUCAGCACUAAAAAAAAAUCAUCCCAAAAUGGAGCAAGAUGAUUAUUUGUUUCCACUGAAAUCUUGUCUUAUGUCCACGUCCACUGUUUGGGGAGGAGGGAGAAAAAAAAAACAUUUUUAAGGGUGUUUUUUCUGUAUAGAGACAUUUUCUGUGUUCAUUGUUAAACUUGGCAUGCUCUUUUAGAACAGGGUAAGAUGUGGGCAGCGUAUGGAACGGGGGCGGCAAGACGGGUGUCAGGUUUUUUUUUUCUCUAUCGGGUGGGAGUGGGACUUUGUUGGGGUGGGGAGGGGUGAAUGAGACUGCCGGGUGGGUGGGUUUUUGUGAUGGUUAGAUUGCUGCUUCUGUAAAUAGUUAUACAUAAGGGAAAGUGGGAUUUAACAGUCUUUAAAGAGGGGGUGCGUGGGGGGAAUUUUGUGUGAGUCUUUAUCAAUAGAAACCUAAUGAUGGACCGUGUGCGUAAAGAUUAGAGGAAUGAAACGGAGACAUGAGUUUGUUUGAAAACUGGAUGUGAAACAAUGUGAUUUCUGCUAAAACACAGAUUCAAUUAGCUUUGUUACUUAGUGAAUUAACUGAAUGUAUUAAUUUUUCCUGUAAAUAUGUGAGGGGGAGGGGAGUGUGUGGGGUUCUGGUCGGGGUUCUCUCUGCUAUAAUGUCACUCUUAAGUGGACACUGGAGGAGAAAUAAAUGCCAGCCAAGAUGAGUCAGUUCAAUACACACACACACACACACACACACACACACACACACACACACACACACACACACACACACACACACACACACACACACACACACACACACACACACACACACACACACACACACACACACACACAAACACCUUCCUCACACUGUGCUCUACAGCACAGUUCAAUUUUCUUUAUCCAAUUCCCACUCACUUAUCAGAAGCAACCAGCCUAUCAGCAGAGGGAACCCUCGCCCAGCCCUCCCCUCGUCCUCUCUGUCCAGACAUUGCUGUUGUGAGGAUGAAAUGUCUGUUUUAUUAAAAGUGCCAUUGAAGCACAACAGUGA